CACGGCGAAAUUGCCAAUAGCUAAUCGCCAGUCGAGCUGCAGCGUGCGAGCCCAUAAAACGCCAGCUUUUAGUAGUCGGAGCGACAUUUGAGUGUGAGAAGCGUGCCACAAACGCAACGCGAAGCCUUAAAAGAGAAUACGUUGAAUGAAAACACGCUUUUAACAGACUGACACAUUGAUAGAUUAAAGAAUUGACAGAAUGGCAACCGCAAUCGCAUUGAACUGCAAUUAUAUUUAUUUGCUAUGCUUAAUUGUGUUCGCCUGGCAGAUGUGCGCUGCAAAGCAGCUGCCAUUGCCCGCCAAUGUCGCUGCCGCUGCCACUGCCUCUGCCUCUUCCUCUGCGAGUGCAGCGGCAAUACCAACAACCACAAAGCCAACGUCAACACCAAUACAUACAGUGAGCCACAGUAUUGGUAAUAGCGGCCAACAGCAACUACGUCACGAAUCGUACGAUAAAGACGACGACACAAUUGCAGACGCACUGCCCCCCGCGCCCGCGCGCCGACGUCGACAGGUGUCCGAUUGGUUCAUAGCGCCAAACACACGCUGGUGUGGGCGUGGCAAUUUGGCAAAUGGAACGUACAAUCACUUGGGCGGCGCAUCGAUGGCUGACAAGUGCUGUCGGAAGCACGAUCACUGCAAGAUGUACAUACCGGCCAUGUCCAAUCGGUACGAUCUGUUCAACUAUCGCCCAUACACGCUGUCGCACUGCAGCUGCGAUCGGCGCUUCCGCACUUGCCUGAAAAUGGCCAACGACGAGGAUGCCAACACCAUUGGCAAGCUCUUCUUCAACAUGGUGCAGACGCAGUGUUUUAUCCUCAAAACAGAAACCCUGUGUCAGCAGCGGGGCACAGGCAGCGAGUCGGACAAAUGCUUGAGGGAAACAGUGCGCCACAAGGCCUACCUCAAAGAUAACUUAAAGUUUUAGGCGCAGCAGGGAAUGCCUACGAAGCCAAAGCCCGUUGAAUUGAACCUGCCAAAUGCGUCAGCAACCAAUUAAAAUAAAAAACAAAAUUGGCAUCUGACAUUAGGUUUGAAACCUAAUAGCAAACUAAUCUCAAAGCUCAGAUGAACAACAAAACAACUUGAGCAAUUGCUACACUUAAAACUCGUACUUACGAAAGACAUACAUUAUUACUAAACUAUACUCUACUCUACAUUAAGCUCUCAACUCUAUAUGCAUGUAUACAUAUAUAUAGUACAUACAUACAUAUGUAUAUGUCAACUGCUUAACUUUCGUAGUCGUAGCUUAAGCAUACAAA